GCUCCUCCUCGAAACAACAAUCAUUAUAAUGCCAAUAAACUCCCGUAAAAGUGCCGAUUGCGCUAUUCUCGUGUUUGUUUCUUUAUUUUUUUGUUGAUGCUGGUUUAUUAGUGAGUUAUGUGACCGUAAAUGUGGUUUUGCAUCACUUUGAGAAAGUCACCGGUAGCAGAACAAACUUCCGCCUCCACUGAGCGGGUCGACUCAAACCUUCUCGUCUAAACAGGGUCUACUUGAGUAAGAUGUCCACAUUAAUAAGAUGUGACCUAGCGCCGUGAUACUAGUGUAACACGUAAGAGAGCCCUCCCCUCGGUGAAAUGUCCCUGCUCAGCCGGUUGGAGGAAGCGGUCAAGUGGUGUAAAGACGAGCAAGCCAAGUUACAUGUCAACAUUCAACUCCAACAUGAGAUUAUAAAGUCAUUAACGCCGCAGAUUCGGGCUGCCCCCCUCGACCUGGAUGACGCUCAUAAGGAGGAAGAUGUGGCGCCGCAGGAGAUAGAGGAGAUCGAGCUACUGGAGCGAGCGCUGAGGGAAGCUCUCCGGAUCCGCAGCGGCAGCGCGCCGUCGUCCAGGGGGCCCCGCUGUAGUCGUGGACCCCCCGGACCGACCAAAGAGCCAGGCGACCCCGCUGCCGUCAAACCCAGUGCAGCCAAUCAACCCUCUGGAGCGCGGAGAGGCAGAGCGGGGGCCGACGCGUCCUCCAAGUCCGGCAGCCGGGCCCCGAGAGAAGCCCGGAGACCCGGGACCUCGUCGUCUCUGUCGGGGGCCAGAAGUAAAAACGUGAACCCCCUAGCGGCGUACAAGGGGGCGGUCGCCGGCGGCUCGGUCGGUGCGGGCCCUGCGGUCCGACACGAGAAACACACACGGGGGGGCGGUAACCCUGGUGACCGGGCCCGGGCCCCAGCUGCCGCCUCUGGCCGGGAGAGCGAGGGGCCCCUGGGGAGGGCCGGGCCCCCAGUGGAGGCGGAGCGUGCCUUGACUGGCGGGACUGGCAGCACACCUGCGCAGAAUAGGAUACCUACUGAUCUAAGGGAGAAAUGGAAGUCUCUGAGACUGAAGCAAAACAGGUUGUGGGACAGAGCGGUGGUGCUGCAGAGCCAGAGUGUGCCGGAGAGAAGUGCCUUCAUGGAGAAAAUGAGGGCUUGCUUCCCCAGGACCUGGCCUCGGGGCAGUCCGGAUCAGACCCGGGCUCUGGUGGGUGGCCUCGUCCGCCAAGGCAAGGACCUGAGCCACUGUUACAAGGUCCAGAAGCUGCUGGCCAAGUACGGCUCCUCAUCAGGCAGCCAACCAGACAGUGCAGAGCUCCAGUGUGCACCUCAUGUUACUCUUGAACGCCUGGAGAGUGAGGCAGAAAGCCUGAGGAAACAAGCAGUCCAAGUGAAACAAGAGUGGGAGACGUGGAACGGAUGGAGGCCCGAGGGGGGUUGCCUCUGCCCGGGCGAGCGGGGGGGUCGGGGGGGGGGGCCUCCUCCUCCUCCUCCCCCUCCUGCCCCCCGUCCUCACCGUCGCCACGGAGACGGAGCUGGUGGAGCUGGAGACGCUGAGGCUGCGGGUGCUGCUGCUGCAGCAGGAGGUGCACCUGCAGCAGGCCCUGUCAGACAGCCUCUCCCCCCUGCUGUGCUCCCUGUUGGGGGGCCCGGAGCCGGCGGACCCCAGCGUGCUCCGGGACCUGUACUCCCUCCUGGCCGAGGGGGGGGAGAGGUUCCCCGCACUGGUUCUGGACGCUGAGCCCGACUGACUGGACCGAGGCGGUUCUGACUGGACCGAGGCGGUUCUAACUGGACCCAGACGGUUCUAACUGGACCCAGGCGGUUCUGACUGGAACCAGGCGGUUCUAAUGCGCUCCAGGGGGCUGAUCACACGGAUAGUUAUUCGAUUGCCUACUUUUACUUCUUUUUGUUUGUACUUCUCAGGCGUUCAUUUACUGUGAUGCUGUGUGAGAUCACUCACGUGAGGUCAUUGUACACUUACAAAUAACAUAAUGUGAUGUGACCAAAAAUAUGUUUUUAAUUUUCUUUUUUUGAUCUCAUGACGGCAAGCCGCGUCCAUCAGGAUGCCGGUAACUUGUAUUCUCUCGUGUCCCUUGCUGACUUCGUGCAAUACAGUCCUCACCAGCAGGGGGCAGUCAUCCUGCACAAUACGGCUCAUAAACCGCCCCAACUAAUGGCAGUGAAACAUCUGAACUUGUGAAGCUCUCAUUAUCCUUCGGCGUGUGUCAGUUUUGUACAUGGAGCCAGAUGGAGGCUCGCGUUUUGUAGUCGUAAAGUGUAACCGUUCAAGUAACGAUCCGAGUAAAUCAAUUCUGAAAGCCAUUUUUCGUGUGCUGUUGAAUAGCAAAUGAAUAAAACCAGCUGUUAGGAGAGACACAUUCACGGACUUGUGUAUACAACCCAAUUAUUAAAAUCGAAAUCAUAAUUUCGCAAUGCAAAAUGUAUUUUCAGCAGAGGCGUUCAUCUGCUUUCAAUUCUAUUUUUGUGGGCUAUGGAUUUUUUGUUGUCUUGUGAACAUGUUAUAAUCCUUCACAUGGGAGAGAGUGGCUUCAUCUUGGCAGUUUCAUUGUGGAGUGUAUUGUGUGAGAGUAGGCUAUAGGGUUGGAGGGUGGAUGAUGGAGCAGGUCUUUCAGGAGGCUGGACGGGCCACAUGCCCGCAUAUGCCGCUUGGAGGGCCCGUAGCAGAGCAGACUGAACAACAGG